AAGGUGUCACGCGCUGGGAAGGAGCUUGGGGAAGAUGCCCAGAAAUGAAAGAAGAAGAAUGGACGGAUCGGUGCGAGAGAUAUUUUACGUCAAUAGCUGACAACGAAAAGAAAGUGCUUUCACAGGCUGAGGCGAAGUCGACUAGUGUCCCUUCUGUGGAGAGAGGGGAGAGGACGGAGAGCGAGGGUAUAUACCCCACCCUGAUAGGGUGGAUGUCUCUCAUGGAUCUACACGGUACAGCGCUCAUUGGGAAUUCAAAGUCCAUCCCAGUCAAGGUUUUUUGGUUGUUUGUGUGUGCGACAGGGUUAGCUUCUCUGUCCUAUGUAAUUUCCGAUCGAGUCGCACAUUACAAGAACGCUGAAUCACAUUUCGUUCUUGUUUCGUCCGACACGGUAGAACCAGCCGUGCAUACCCCAUUGACAAUUACGGUGUGCAAUAUAAAUAUGUUGAGAAAAUCGACGUUGAGAGGGACUCGUUUUAUGGGGUUAAUGGACAUUGAGGACCACGUAGACAAUAUGUCGUUGCCAUUUCGAGACCUAAGGAAAGACGUUAAGGAGGAUAUUUUGAAGGAUACCAAACUUCAAAAGUUUGGUCGUUCAUUCAAACUGUCGUCCUUGAUCGAGAGUACAAGGGGCGAGUUUGAGGCAUUUAGAGGGAUGUUGUCCCCCACGGACUGGGAGGUACUAUACCAGAAUGCUAUCGACGGUGACAUGGAAAGCUUACGACGUGCGUUACGUUUGAGUCGGGAGGAAUUACAUCGCCACGGCAUCAGGGUCGACGACGACAUCGUGCACUGCUGGAAAGAUGGGAAGGCAUGUACAUCGGGUGAAAUGGCGCUACAUGUUGAUAGUUUCCAUGGCAAUUGUUUGGAAAUGAAUUUGUCAACUCCUGAUUUAUUGUUUGAGAAAGCAUCUCUUAUCUUCAAUGCCAGGCUCGAGGACUACCUUGGCCUCUUCGCGUCAACAGUAGGGUUCAAGGUCAGAGUUCAAGCUGGAUUCAACGAAUCGGAGACCGCGGAAGAGUACUUCGUAACGCCCGGAAACAAACUCCAGUUAAAUCUACGAAAGGUGUGCGAAUUCAGACGCGAGUCUUGCAGUGAUGGACAGAAAAACCGCAAGCAGUGUCAAGAGGAAUGCCUGGACGAUCUGACACGUGACCUGUGUGGCUGUUCUGUGUCCAUUGAUGCCGCGAGUGUCGACAGAUGCCGUGUGGACCAUGAGUAUCAAUAUGUAUGUUCCCGGGUACUGGCGAGAAUGAAAGCCUCUGGGCUGCUGCCGUGUUCCUGUCCCAAGAACUGCAGGGAGCAUCGCGUUACAACUUCCGGUUCCAUCACGCCAUGGCCUUCUCAACAACAUCAGGGUCAUUUGCUGAAGAGUCUACACGAGAAGGGUUACCAAGGAGAUGCUUCCAGCUUAAGAGCUGAACUGGUGCAGGUCGAGAUCACUGCGUAUGACACUGUAUAUGAGCAAUAUCAAGAAAAACGUGAUGUAACGAUAUUCGGACUGCUGGUGGAAGUUGGGGCGUUCUCCGCCCUGAUAUGUGGAAUGUCCCUCAUCACGUGUCUCCAGCUCCUCGUCGGAUUGGUCAACCUCAUUUUCAGGGCGUAUAGACGUGCCUUCCAGAGAGAUGUUCCCCGAGAAGGAGUACAGCGACUGAGAGACGCCGACGUUCAGACAGUCACGUGGUCUCAGAAGGGAACCAGUCACGACAAAACCAGACACCAAUCAACAACCACCUUUCUGUCAACACUCUCGCCUAUUGGUCAGUCAUACUUGGAUCCAAUAAAUGAGGUAGAUACGCCACGGACCGAGUCCCACACUUACGAGGCUAUCUAUUCUAGAAUAAGCCCACGGGAUGCGCCGUGUAACGCCCACAGCAGGUCCAAGGCUUCCGACAGGACCUUCAGCCAAUGGCCCCCUUCUAAGACCAGUAGACAGUGGAACGCCACCGACGGACCCUCUGCGGGGAGAGAACGAUGGAAAAAGCCGUCUUUUGGUUCUUUAGGGAAAGCGGGAUUUGAAAAUAAAGUAUUUUAUGGUUCAAAGGACGAUCUCAACAAGCAGUUUCCCGCUGCCGACAAUGGCACUGACCGUAUGAAAGCUAUUGCAUCGCCUCGUCGAAAUUCUUGGUCCGAGCGUCCGGCUAUUCCGCCCCUGGACCUCACCAAAAUAGAAAAUUCGGACGGGUUCUGGAUGCGAAAUGGAAAGUUAGUCUCAGCAGAGGAUUACUUCAAACGUUCCGGAAGCGGAAGUCACGUGCUCACGUCGACCGAUUUCGCCAGACGAUACGGAGUACCCCAUGUUCAAGGCAACAUUGACAAGACAAAAUCUAAGAACGUGUUUUAUAUGUAAUCUGAAGCUCAUGAUCGGUUGUUAUCUUGACGGAGAUAUACUUGUGUAAAGUUCACCAGCGUAUUUAAACAAUGAAUAAAUUGUAUGUUUUAAAGUUUAUUCUUAACCAUAAUAUAUUGUGAGGAUAUUUUUUGUUGUGAAGACGGAGCAUACAUUUCACCAAAAAUAUUCAAGAUCCCAAGUUUUUUUCAGUAUAUAUGAUGAUGGAAUAGAAUAUCACAACUGCCAACGCCAUAACAGUAUUAUGAUGAGUGAGUGAGUUAGAAUUUAACGUCGCAUCGGCAUUAUUUCAGCCAUAUUGCGACUGCAAUAUUAUAAACCUAGUAUUGAACAUUGUUUCUAUUGUAAAGUUGCUUUAGAAAUUCUCCAUGUAUAUAACCAUGUAUAUAACACUAUAUUUAUUCAUAUUGUUCCACAGGGUAAACAUUACAAUACUUUGAAUAAAAUAAUUUGAAGAGUU